CUCUGAUAGAUAGUGAUCGACUCCGUACUAUGUAGGUACUCCGUACUAUAUCGAUGUACAACGUCAAGUACCUGGGCACUGGGCAGGUACCGCUGUACUCCGUACUCCGUAGUGCUAUCAUCCAUCGCCGAGCCUGGACCGUCUUGGGCCCUCCUCCGUCUGGCUUCGCCAAAGCUUUCCACUCACAACCCUUCGGUGUCCUUCUAUCUCAACCCGUGCAUGAGGGAUUGGUUGUUUUUGGCAGCGAAGCCUGCCGACGGUCACCGGGCCAGCUUGCUAGACCUGCUGGCUGGCUGGCUGGCUUGAUUACACGAUCGGGGUGAUUGGCUGGUAUUCCGGGAGUAGUUUUC